AGCAAGAGCAAGAGCAAGAGCAAGAGCAAGUGGGCAUAUGGGUAACCAGGGCUCCACGGCGUACUCUGACGCCCUCAUGCGGGCCGAAGGCUCGGACGACCUUGUUCCACCUCGUGCCAUGUCAUCAUCAUCAUCAUCAUCAGGAGCAGCAGGAGCAGCAGGAGCAGCAGGUGGUGGUGGUGGUGGUGGUGGUGGUGGUGGGGAAGGGGGGAGGUAUGGGCAUGGAGGUGGGUAUGGGGAAGGUGGACACGACAUGGCCUCGUCGGUGGAAGGGGAUGCGGCCAUGCAUGGGUCGGACACGGUGGGUAUGGGAAACGCCUCGGCUGUGCCCGUCAACAACGUCAAUGGCAACAACAACAACAGCAACAACAACAACAACAACAACAACAACAAUGUCGCACUGGCUGGCGACGGUCAGCACGCCGCUGCUCGCUCUCCGUGGGAUGUUCAGACUCGGCUCGUCACCGGCUCGGGGUUGUACUUUGGUGGCCAUUAUGUGCCUGGGAGGGGCAUGGCCCAGCCAUCGGCACGUGAGACUGGCCCCCGCCCGCACGUGCAGGAGACAGUUUCCAUCGAUGCGGGCGUGUACAUCAACAAGGAGAGCCUGGCUGUGAGCGAGGACUCGACGUCGGGCCUCUACACCCUGUCCUUUGACUUUGAUGCAGCGGUUGAGGGUACCAUGGAGGUCUAUCUGGCUGCCUCAGAGGAGCUGGCUGGCAACUCGCCGCUUCCGGUCAUUGUCCAUGCUGUUGUUGGCUCCGUCGCCGCCCGCCCAGCGCCCACCCCAGUCGCCUUUGGCCCGGGCCUCGGCCAGUCGUUUGAACUGCCGACGACUGACGGUCUGGACCUGGCGGCAUAUGAAGAGCUGGCGCCUGUGGCCGAUGCCGAUGGCGCCGGCGAUGUCGACGACCAUGCUGCGGCCGACGCCGACGUCGAGACCGGAGACUCUCCAGCAAUCGUUUCAGUGCUGGCCCAGCUCCCGGAAUCGGCCUCGUCGUCGCAGUCUGACGAUGCUCGCCCGCGCAUCUUUCCGCUGGUGGUGGUGGUGCGGACAAGCGGUGGUGCGGACGCUGUGCCUGCGGGAGGGACGGGAGAGGCUGAGAGCCUCCCGGUGCCUGCGGCGCCGCAGGUCCAGAUCCUCUACGCCUCGCUCCGGCGAUCGUCGUCAGGCGCGUACUCGGUCCGCACCCUCCGUCAGAAGCUGGUGGUUGGCAACGACGAGGUGUACCUGCUGCAGGAUGUGUUCGGCCUCGACGCCGAGGAGGAGGAUGGGACGACCGAGUGUGUGGUGUGCAUGUCCGACCCGCGCGACACGCUUGUCCUGCCCUGCCGCCACAUGUGUCUCUGCGGCGAGUGCGCCGAGGAGCUCCGCGUUCGCUCCUCGCGCUGCCCGAUUUGCCGCACCCACUUUACCUCGCUUCUCUCCAUUUCGGACCCGUCCAAGCCGGCGGCGGCUAGCGAUGGCUCCGAGGCGGAGCCCGAUAACGGCGGCGACGAUGGUGGCGACGACUCGCUGGCGUCGGAUGACGACCUGCUGGCUGCUGCUCCGGUCUCCGACACCGACGGCGAGGCUGGGCAGCCGCUCAUCGAACUCUCUUAGAUGCGUGGUUUACACGUACUCGACGCGCAGAAUAGUAAAGGCGAGUGUAAGCCCGUGAA